UGACGUUGUUUGAGCAGAUCUGACCCGCUCUGGUCUCCAGCUAGGUCAGGUCCGUACUUAGCUAGCCCGAGGCUGGCAGUGGCGGCAGGGCAGGUGGGGAGCUGCAGGGACAGAUAACUGCCGCAGGGACUUGACAGUGGCGGCUAAACAGUAGAGCACCCUUCAAACCCGAGCACUGGCGAGCAAACGCCCCGCCCCCCCAACCGCGCGCUCGUUCUGUUGGGUGUUUUGGCUCUGCCGCCUGACCGUAGCGGAGCCGGAAGUACGGGAGGGGGCGUUGAUUGGUUGCGAGCGCUGUCCGUCCUUCGCUUUGCUUGGGAACUGGCCGACUGAGUGGCCGCCGGCGGACGUGGUGCGGAUGAGCGAGUGAGUCUGUGGAAGUCUUUAUAUUGGAAGAACUAGAACAGUAAACCUGAGCCUUUUUGGAGGGAGCUAGGUGGUUCAUACCACCAGGACCAUCACAAUGAGUCUACGGAAGCAAACCCCUAGUGACUUCUUAAAACAAAUUAUAGGAAGGCCUGUUGUUGUAAAGUUAAAUUCUGGAGUUGAUUAUCGAGGUGUCCUGGCUUGCCUGGAUGGGUAUAUGAACAUAGCUCUGGAGCAGACAGAAGAAUAUGUAAAUGGUCAAUUAAAGAACAAAUAUGGGGAUGCAUUUAUCCGAGGAAAUAAUGUUCUGUAUAUAAGCACACAGAAGAGGAGGAUGUGAAGAUGCCUAAAGAGAGGUUUUGUACAGCUGCAUUUUUUCCUAAAUGAUGAGAACUGUUUGAUUUGUAGUUAGUAAUUCUUGGUUGAACAAUAUAGCUGUUUAAAUAUUUCUGUUGUUUGCUGUAAAGCUGGCGUUAUUGUAGUGACUAUGGAGAGAAGAGGUUUUUUUAAUUCCAGACUUCCAGAACACAAUUGUAAACUUUUCUGAAUACUUCAGUUGUGAAAAAGUGCUUUGUUACACUGUGCAGAAUUAAAUAAAAAAUGGAAAAGUA